GGAUGAGGGAAGUCCUUAUAACCCAGGCUGGGAGAUCAGAGUGCACUCACUAUCAGGCAUUCAGGCAGGCAGGCUGGCUGGGGUCAGGAUCACACGGAGAUCGCAGCGCUGAGCAGUCAUUCCCUCACUAUACCCUCACUACCAGAAAACCCCAAUGCACGGAUUAGCACCAAUAUGCUGGGGCUCCACGACAGAUAAAAGGAUAUUAUCCAAGACACCUGGGCUGGAUUGCUUCAUCUUUUCCUUAUGAAGAAGACAAAAACUUGGAUUAUCACAUUUAUUUUCCUUCAAAUACAAUUCAUUUGUUUUGGGAGUCCUUGCGGAAAUCCAGUCACUGAUGCUGUGAAUGACAUUGAAAAACUGGUUGGAAAUCUCCCAAAAGAUUACAAUAUGGCGCUGAGAUAUGUUCCAGUAAAUGAGAAUCUGCCCAAACACUGCUGGUUAUACGUGAUGCUAUAUGAAGUGACUAUCCGUCUUGAUGAUCUUUCCGACAAAUUUUCCACUUCGUCACAAAAUUAUUUAAUCUUAAAUAAUCUUGCACUGAUAAUGCAAGGCAUUCGGGAUUGUGUUCAACUUAGUGAACAAAUGGAAUUUGUAGAAGAAUAUUCUCGACAGGAAGAAAAUUUCUAUCCAGAGAAUUUCUUCCGUUUUGUCACCAAAACAAUUGAAGUAUUCACAGAAAUCAACAACACAGAUUAUGACAGGACAUGUGUUCUGCCUACUUUGAAUUAUUCAAGUCAUAGAACAAAUCCAGAACUGGCUUAUGUCCCAAGCACUCUGAAAAAUAGCAGCAGAAUUAGUUCGCCAAACACAAAUGAGUCUCUCAGUAAAAUCACAUUACAUUGGACGAGUAUAGCAUCGACAGCUAUGGGCUGUCUAUUCAUCGGCUUUUUAUUUGGAGUUUUAUGCUGGUGGAAGGUCAAGCACAGGGCAAUGCCAAAAGAAGCUGUGGGAACGUCAGACUUUUGUGAAAGUAGAGAUUCUAGUGAAUCAAACAACAUGUUACAGCCAGUUGCUCUGAUAUAAUAAUAUAAUGUGGUUUUCCAAAAGUUGCAGUUGCAUUAUCCGGCAACCGUGUGUUCUCUUCUUGACCAGAGUAGUGUGAAACUUUGCCUUCUUCUUCUGCAACUACAGACUUUAAGACUCUCAACAGUGUAGAGAUUACUUACUUUGUUGCAGCAACCACCACAACAACUUAGCCCAGAGCGUUUGUACACUGCUGGAUGGAGUGCAUUUUAUGCAUAUUCUUUUUGCCUCGUCAGCUGAAAAGAACCUUGCUUGGUACAUUAGGCUAUAUUCAAUUCCACCAAGAAUCAGACAAUUUGCUACACACAAAAGCUUGAAAUGCUCCUAUUUUCUCUUGAAGAAUCUCUCUAUCUUGGCAGAACAUAACAAAAGCAUAGGUUCACUGGAUACGUAGAUGUGUUUUGCUUUGGGUUACAAACUUUGAAAGAUUUCUUUAAAAUGACCUUGCUAGCUAUCACCACCUCUCUCUGCCUUUUGGAUUUUGAAACUAUGCAGGACACAGAAUGAUGGAAGACACAUAUUGUGUGAGCUUGAUAUACUCCCAGUUCCUGCCCUCUGCUUGAGGAAUGUUGUCUGUGGAUAUUAAUGAUGGCACAGUUGAAGAAUGAGGUUCAUUCACAAUAAUACAAAGAUUCUUUUACAGCAGAUCUGCCUUCCUCAAUAUUUCUGGAUCGACUAGCAACAAAAAGCAAUUAUCCAGCAAAGCUAGCACAACAGUCAGGAUAUACAUAUAUACUUUUUUUUUUUUUUUUUUUAAGUUCACAUAUAAAUAUAUUUUUUGAUAAUGGACACACAUUUCUGUAUAUAAAGUAUUAUGUUAUGUACCACUUAAAUUGAGUUGUGGCUCUCUGAUGGCUAA